AUGACAACUUACUUUCCCAUCCGCGAGAUCUCCUCAUACUCGGUGAGGAACUGGACUAUCAAGGCCAGGGUUACUGCUAAGUCGCCUGUCCGACACUUCACCAAUGCUCGUGGCGGAGGAUCGGUCUUCAGCGUUGACCUUCUAGACAAAGAAGGCAGCGAGAUUAGAGGGUCCUUCUUUAAUGCAGCUGCUGAGAAAUUCGAUAAGCUACUCCAGAAAGGGAAGGUGUAUACCUUCUCCAAAGGCAAUGUCAAGGUGGCUAACAAGAGGUAUAGCUCUUGCAACCACAAUUACGAGAUCGUGUUCGAAGAAGAUUCACAGAUAGUCGAGGUGCAGGAUGAUGUUGAUGACCAUAUUGAUAAGAUAAAGUAUAGCUUUUGCCCCGUCAGAGAGCUCAAGUCUAAGUCCGUGCCGAGUACAGUCGAUCUAUUAGUUGUUAUCAAGGAUCACAGGCCCGCGGGAACUGUCAACUCGAAGAACGGAGCUGAACUAUUUCGUCGUAAUCUAACGGUUUGUGACGAGUCCGGCUGCUGUGUUGAUGUUACUUUCUGGAAUGACUUGGUCAACGUCGUGGACGAAUCGGUGCUGCAAACGCAGCCGGUUGUCGCCAUGAAGGGUGUUAGCGUCCGGGAUUACGGCGGACGAAGUUGUUCGACUUUGAACUCGACUCAGAUCGAAGUCAAUCCGGACAUUCCUGAGGCUAAACAACUGAAAAUUUGGUGGGCCAAUACUGGAUGCUCGAUGGCUUUCACCAACUUGUCACAACAGGGGACGUCGGUCCCUGGAAGUGGUGGUCAGACUAUGGUUACUAAGGAGAUGACAAUUGCAGAGAUGAAGAAUGAUGUUAAAAACAUGGACUUGGGCGGAUCGAUGCACUCGUAUGAGAUCAUCGGUAGACUGCAAUUUGUUACUACCCGAGGAAGGGAUGGCAAUGAUAUCCCUAUCUUCUACAUGGCGUGCGAAAGUUGUAAUCGUAAGAUGGCUGAAGGUAGCGACGGUUUCUGUCAGGCAUGCAAUAGACAGGUGAAUGUCAAGGCAAGAUACAUGCUACGUUCCCAGUUUGUCGACAGCACAGAUGAUGCAUAUCUCACAUGCUUUCAUGACCAGGCCCAUACCCUGAUUGGGAGACCAGUCGAAGAUUUCGUGAUGGCGCAAGACGUAGGCAAGAGUGCCGGAAACGAACUCAAGGAACACUACUACGAUAAAGAGUGGAAGAUCCGAGUUCGUGCUAAGAUGGAGACGUAUCAGGGUGAACCUCGGCCACGUAUCACGGUAUCUUCUCUUGAGCCUAUGGAUCCUAAGGAACAUUGUCGACGGCUACUCGCAGCGAUUCAUGAAAAUAUCGGCAAAGAAGAUGAUGAAUUGCAUAAAGCUAAGAUUCGUCAGUCGAUGGUGGGAGAGACGAUUACAAUGGAGUCAGCAGUGGCUAGCGGUGCCUGA